AUGAGUUUAAGAUCACAGCAAAUGCCCAGUGUUUCGUCUGUUCAAAAUGAGAGAGGUCCCAGAAAUGCAACAUUAAGAAAGCAAGUUAUGGAAACAUAUUAUAUUGAAGAAAAGCAACCAAUGUUCGCAUCAAAUGGAAACUUUUCUUCGGUAAUGCAGAAAACAACAUUAGAUUUAUCCUGUCAAAUGGCUUCUUCUUAUGUUUCAUCUAAAAUUAGUAAAGAUUCAGUUCAAAAUUUUGGAGGAAAUUCAUUAUUUUGUCAUCCGCCGCAGUCGAACUUGGCUUCUUAUCAUCCAUCUGUUGUUUGCGAAUAUGCUGCUAGGCUUUUAUUUAUGAACAUUCAAUGGGCAAAGACUGGACCUUCAUUUGUAACUUUGAAUAAAAGAGACCAGGUGAUUUUGUUGCAAGAAUCUUGGAAGGAAUUAUUUAUAAUUGGAGCCGCUCAAUUAUUAGUUAUGAUUAAUUUUGCUGAUCUUUUAGAAUACAACAAUGUUUUAAAAAAACAUGUUAGUCCUACUCAUUUUUUAAAUACUAUAGCGGAAUUUCAACUUAUUUUGGAAAAUAUUAGACAGCUCAAUUUAGAUACUUUUGAGUAUACUUGUUUGAGAGCCAUGGCUUUGUAUAAGUCAAAUCAAAAUAAGGCGGCAAAUAAUACAUUACAUGAUGUUCUUAAAGUAGAAGCCAUGCGAAAUGAAUGUCAAGUUACUUUAAAUAAAUAUAUAAAAAACACAUAUGCUGAUAACCAGUAUCGCUGUGAAAAAAUUAUUUUGCUUUUAACAACUUUUUCGAGAAUACCAUCUGAAACGAUAGAAGAAUUAUUCUUUAGAUCAUCUAUAGGAUUUACUUCUAUUAGUAGAAUUAUUGCUGAUUUAUAUAAAAAAAUUGAUUUGCAAACAACAUUUAACACCUAA